AUUUCAACACAAUCUAGUUGGCUCAAAUUUUCAUAUUAUUUUCACUUCUAUUAAUUUUAAGAUGGCAUUUACAAAAUUAUUUUCGAGUGGUAAAUAUUUUUAUUUGGAGAGAAAUUUUAGCAAGAUUUUAUCUAGGAGUUGCAGUGCUAAAGCUAAAGCAGAAGCCUGUGAUAAAAAUGAGGAAGGUAAAGAAAAUCCAGCAUCGGGAGAUUCGCCUUCAGGAAUUGGGAAGAAGAAUGGUUUAGUGCUAGGUGUUUAUGAAGAUGGUGACCAGUUCAAGUUGACUUCCGCGGCAGAAGAGGUCAACCAGAAGAGUGGCGGCAAGCUGUGCAAAUAUCUUAAUGAGUUAUCAUGCGAGAUGAAGCUCGGCAAAGCGUUUGUCGUCACAGAUAUUAUACCCGAAGUCAGCUGUGUAGCACUUGCCUGUCUCGGGAAGAAGGCUCCUGGGUACAAUCUCUUGGAGGAAAUCGAUGAAACUAAGGAGAAUGUACGUCUGGGUGUCGGUGCGGGCGUGCACGCACUACGGUCACGUGGUGUCAAUGACGUGUCCGUAGACACAGCGGAACAACCGCGCGCUGCUGCUGAAGCCGCGCAUUUAGCUGCUUGGAGUUUCCAAGAAUUCAAAUCCCUAGAGACCCGCAAACCAGAAGCUAAACUAUCUCAAUACGGCACAGAAAGCAGUGACGAAUGGAUGCUGGGGUCAAUACUGGGACGGUCCCAGAACUGGGCCAGAUUCCUGUCUGACAUGCCCGCUAAUAGCAUGACUCCUAUUGGACUUGCGCAAGAAGCAUUAGACGUCCUCUGCCCUCUCGGAGUGCAAGUGACAGUUCGGGAAAGGGACUGGAUAGAGGCGCAGAAGAUGGAGGCAUUUCUGGCCGUGGCCAAGGGCUCGUGUGAGCAGGCCGUGCUGUUGCAGUGCGACUAUAGAGCGGGGGGAGAUACUCCGCCCGUGCUGUUGGCAGCCAAAGGAGUCACUUUUGACAGUGGUGGUUUAUGUCUCAAGAAAGCUCACGAGAUGAAAGAGAACCGCGGCAGUAUGGCCGGCGCUGCCGUAGUACUGGCCGCGAUACGGGCUAUAGCACUCGCUAAGGUGCCCAUAAACGUGAGCGCAGUGAUACCUCUCUGUGAGAACAUGGUCAGCGGGCAGUGCAUGAAAGUGGGCGAUGUGGUCACUGCCCUCAAUGGAUUGUCCUUGCAGAUAGAAGACACGGACAUGGAAGGUCGUCUGAUGCUCGCAGACGCGUUGGUGUUGGGGCAAGUGAUGCACAAACCCUCGCUCGUUAUCGAUGUGGCUACACUUACUCAUGGCGUCCUCCUCGCGAUGGGAGGCGGUGCGUUCGGUUGUUUCUCCAACAACGAACUCGCGUGGAAUGCGCUAAAGGACGCGGGUUCGAAUACCGGCGAUAGACCGUGGCGGUUACCGCUGUGGGAUUAUUAUCAAAGGCAGAUUCAGAACGAUCCAGCAGUAGACUUACGCAACAGAGGCUCCGGAACUGCAACUCCGUGUAUCGGCGCUGCAUUUUUGAAGAACUUCAUAUGCUGCGACUGGUUACACAUGGACAUAACCGGAGUGGGCAAGUUGUCGCACGCGCCGGCGCCAUCUUACUUACACCCUUAUCGUAUGACAGGUCGGCCAACCCGCACGCUGGCUACAUUUUUGAUGAACACAGCCCAAUCCAAAGAACAAUGCAAAUAGACCUUUUUAGAUCGUUUAUUAUUAUUGUGAUUAUGUAUUUUUGUAAUAAAUUAAUAUAUUUAA